UCAGACUCGUGCAGAAUGAAGCUGCAGUGUGAUGUGGAGGUGGUGAGCCGGUUGUUACCGUCGAUCGGUGUGAGGAGUAAAGGCCGGUCCAGCCGCGCGGUUCUGUCCAUCGGGAGGCUCUCGGACCGCGGCGUGUGUCUGCUCAUCUGCACCGCCAGAGACCGCAGCGGAGCCACGUACAAGGCAGGACCGAGUGCUCUUUGUGCCUUUCGUGACUGCUGUGGACCAGCUCCUGAGUCUGUGUGUGUUUCUCUGCAGCUGAAGGAGAACAUCGAGAAGUUCUUCACCUGGUUCGUGGAAGAGGGCAAAGCCACGGUUCGGCUGAAGGAGCCUGCGAUUGACAUCUGUCUGAGUAAAGUAAAGAUGUGCUUUCAGUUCUCUCGGGGAAAGUUGUGCUUUUUAUGGCGGAUUGCAACCUCACUCCAGCAUCUGGACCUGAGUCAGAACCAGCUGCAGGUCCUGCCCGCUCGCUUCUGUCAGCUGCAGCAGCUGGUCAACCUCAAGCUGGACCAGAACAAGCUCCUGCGGCUGCCUUUCCACAUCGGCCGGCUCUCCAAGCUGCGCUUCCUGUCCGCCGCUCACAACCAGCUCACCGUACUUCCUGCCAGCUUCAGAAAGCUGUGCCUGGAGAACCUGGACCUGUUUGGAAACCCGUUUGCUCAAGCCAACGCUCUGGAGCACACGAUCCGGCUCACGUUCCCGCUGAGGCUGCAGGAGCUAGCGUCCCGCGCCGUGGUGGAGCUCAGGAUCCCACACGGCCCUCACUCCGUGCCGCUGCACCUGUGUCACCAGCUGGACUUCUCUCAAGCCUGCGACUGCGGCCGGGCCUGUGUGGACUCCUACAUCCAGACGGCCGUCAGCUUCAACCUGCACCUGGUGUCUCACACCGUAGUGUUAGUGGACAACAUGGGUGGCACCGAGGCUCCGGUGCAGAAGCACUUCUGCUCGCUCAUGUGUUACUGUGAGUUCAUGGACGGCUGCGUGCAGCGCGACCUCAGAUGACCUCACUGCCCUUCUGUUUCACCCUGUUUCAGUCUUUGUUCUCUUUUAGCUCCAUGUUUAAGGGUUUGUUCACUGGACAAAGACCUUUAAAUUCCAGCAUCGCAACAUAUGUUUUGUGAAAUAAAUAAAAGUCA